AUGCGGCUUAAAUCAGAUCUGUUGCUGUUAAGGCUGGUGUUCAACGACCUCUGCAGCACGCUGGAGAAGCAGCUGUUCUGCGAGGGAGAGGCGGUCUUUCGACAUGGGACGCUGGCCGAAAUGAUGUAUAUAAGCAGCCAUGGAGAUUUCCGAAUUUGUACAGAUGCGCAAGCUACGAAGAAGUUCUCCGGCCCGCACUACUACUUCGCGGAGGUGGCCCUCUACGUCGAAGCAUCCAUGCACGACUGCACCUUGCUGGCCGAGUCCUUCACGGAGGUCUUCAUCCUGACGAGUGUGAAGUUGGCGACGGUUCUGGCCAACUCCCCGGUAUGUGCGGCAAUGUACAUUGAGUAUGCGAAUGAGUAUAUCUCGCACUUCGUGGUGAUGUCACCAGAUGCUGAAGUGGAAGAAGUCAUCGAAGCGCAUCUGCAGAAUGCCGAGAACUCAUGCGAGAAUAAUUCUUUCUACUUGGACAUGUAUGUCGACGAGCGAAAGCAGCUGAGCAGCCUUCAACUGGCUCCCCACCGAUCUGAGCCGCAGAUCAGGUUGAGUUUCCGAAAGUCGGAGUCUGCGAGCUCUUUGGGAUCUGGAGAUCUGGCGGUUAUGACACGGACGAAGUCUUUCCAUCAUCGAGCCCGGACAAUGAAAUCGCAGCGCCGACACGACGAUGAGCAUGUAAGGCACAUAAGUCCCAAAGAAUUUGUUGACAAAGUCUUUGAGAACGACCUACCGACAGUUACUUUGGUCAAUGAGCUCCGUGAUGCUUUUGUGGAGCUGGAACCGGAUGAUGGUCUCCAUGCCAGGUUUUCGGAUUCGAAGGAACAGGAGCGAGCAGAGUCUGCGAUUUUGAGUCUGAUUGCCCUGGUUCGCGGCAACUACGAGGCGUACACGUCGCCACAGAAGCCGGCAGCGCGCUUAACACUGGGACAGUGGCAGCAGCUGCAAAGUGUGAUGGCGUGGGCCGCACCAGAUCGGGAGAAGAUCUUGGCCGCUAUCCUUCUACUGGCUGUGAGGGGCAUCGGCAAGUGUAGGUCUGUCACACACCAGCUGCCUCCGCAGCAUCAGCGCCCAGACCAGGCAGUGUUGUUCAUCCUCGACCAUUUCCCCGAUGCUGUCCCAUCUGUAUACAGCGUUGCGCCGGAUGUAAGACAUCUGCUGGACGAUACCCUGGAGCUGCAGCAGAAUUUCAUAUUCGCGCAGAUGCUGCAAGGUGAGAAUGUUCCAGCCAACUUGGUGCAGCUCAAGGAUUUCAUAAAUCAGAGAAGCGGUGAAGAAACUCUGAAGUUUUAUGUGAUUUUUCUGUUGGGCUUUCUGUCCGGACUAGCUGGCGGCCAGGGCUCGCGAUUCAUGACACACAACAAUGCCAAGACAACCAUCCUUGGGUUAUCGAUUCUGAAACAGGUCUUGUCGAAGGAUCCGACAGCAAUCUACUGGACUUACAUCAACAAUCGUGGAGUGGAGCUGGGGAGAAACGCCAAGAGCACAGAAGACCUCGCGGUGUUGCGACUCGCAUGCUUGUGCCGUGCUCAAACAGAGAAGGACCUCAGUGAGCUUCAGAGCUCAUGGGAUCAGCUCAGCAAGACUGACCGGAAAGAGAUGAUCAAGCAUUUUUUGGCGGAUGGUAUCGUCUUCCGUGCAGUCGUCCUGGAGUUUCUGCCCUUAUGCCUGGAGCGUGCCAAGAAGAAUGCAUUUGUUACCGUCCCCACGUUGCUUGAGGUGUUGGUGGAGCUGUUGCGUGCCGUGCGUGCAACCGUAUCUGGAGCAGGGCAGAUUGUAUCUGUCGAUCUUGCCGACUUUGCGGCUUUCAUCUUGAUGGUGCAGAACGGAUUUGUUUUCCAGACCUGCCUGUCCCGUUCCAAACUUCAAAUUAAAGAGGGCCGCUGUACUUUGGAAAUGACGCAGGAAAACUGGCGAAGAGUCAGCGAGCCCCAUACGGAUGUCGUUCUGCUUGCCAACUCGGUCAGAGAUCUCGUGCAGACACGAAAGCGCGAGAAGGCUGAGAAGGAGGAUACCGUGCAGCCCUUGGCGUUGGCGCCAGCCGUAAUGAGCUGCCGCUUUUAG